AUGGCCUCGGAGCUGGCCAUGAGCGCGGAGCUGCCCACCAGCCCCCUCGCCAUCGAAUACGUGAACGAUUUCGACCUGAUGAAGUUCGAAGUGAAGAAGGAACCGGCGGAGGCGGAGCGGCUGUGCCACCGUCUGCCCGCCGGUUCCCUCUCCUCCACCCCGCUCAGCACGCCCUGCUCCUCCGUGCCUUCCUCGCCCAGUUUCUGCGCUCCCAGUCCCGGUGGGCAACCGGCUCCGGGUCCCCCAGCGACCACCGCAGCUUCCCUGGGCUCCAAACCGCAGCUGGAGGAGCUGUAUUGGAUGUCGGGUUACCAGCAUCACCUCAAUCCCGAAGCGCUCAACCUGACGCCGGAGGACGCGGUGGAAGCGUUGAUCGGUGCCCCUCACCAUCAUCAUCAUCACCACCAAGGUUACGAGCCUUUCCGACCUCAACCCUUCGGGGCUGAAGAGUUACCUCCGGCAGCCCAUCACCACUCAGCGCAUCACCACCACCAUCAUCAUCAUCACCUGCGCUUGGAGGAUCGCUUCUCCGACGAUCAGUUGGUGAGUAUGUCGGUCCGGGAGCUGAACCGGCAGCUGAGGGGUUUCAGCAAGGAGGAGGUGAUCCGCCUCAAGCAGAAGAGGAGGACCUUGAAGAACCGAGGCUACGCUCAGUCCUGCCGUUACAAGCGGGUCCAGCAACGGCACAUCUUGGAGAACGAGAAGUGUCAACUCCAGAACCAAGUGGAGCAACUCAAGCAAGAGGUGACCCGUUUGGCCAAGGAAAGGGAUCUGUACAAAGAGAAAUACGAGAAAUUAGCCGGUCGGGGGUUCCCGAGGGAACCUUCCCCCUCCACCGCCCCCAAACCCACCGCCGACUUCUUCAUGUGA